CUGUGCUGGGAGGGAUUUAGUUGUGAGGGAGUCUGAUGUCAUGGGCAGGGAGGGGGGGGCUGAAGGCGGCGAUGCUGAGCCAUUACCCGAGUCCAAGGAUUCAAUCCUUCCUUGUCCUGAGCAUCGGUCUGAUGAAUUUGGUUCUGAAAGGGUUAAUUCAACUAUGCCAAGGGAUGCAAGGGGUCGCGGUAAUGAGGAAGUUGUCGGGAAUCUAAGCGUCGCCGAUGAUUUUGUCCCCCGCUAUGUCGUGGGACCAUAUCUGAGGAUAAGUGAGUACCUCAACAAGAGCAUUGUCAACACGGUCAAGAGAGCCUGGCAAGUGCCCCCGCGCCUCGCGAAACCUCCCACCCCCUUAGCUGCACCUCGGUCCGGGCUUGUGCAAACUCAGGGUGGCGGGAUGGCGGUUGUAAAACUUGCUCCGAAGGUAAAUCUCUCCGCGCCUAACUUUUUCGGACACCAGAGAUCAGGGUAUGCCAUAAACCUUGCAAAUUUUUCUUGCAACUCUAGUUACACGUGUACCUUUGAUAUUGUGAGGAAUUGUAGGAUUUGCCCCAACGAGCACGAUGCUUUCCUGUCGAAUUUGGUGGGGACGCUCGUUGUGGGUGACUCCUACACUCCUUGCAUUAUAGGCGGCGGAGGUAAAUGUGUGCCUGUCUUUAGACAGCACAACGCGGGUUUUCGAGAAAUAACUGCAAGCUUGAAGUACCUCCUAAAAUAUAGGAAGUCAACAAACAAUGGCAUGCCCUGCUCCCGUCCCAACUUGAUAAUUGUUUCCCUUCCAGGUCAUCUACAGGCAGUGGGCCCUGAUCAAUAUUUCAAAGAAUUUAAUAUGUUCAAGGGGUGGAUUCAACACUUUUUGCAAACGGGAAGGGACUAUGACCCAGCUGACGAACGUAUUUACAACCCAUGUUCUACCUCGGUUCAGGUUUGCGAAGGAUUUGCACCCUUCAUAAUGGGCGACACGGGUUUGUCUGAAUCCUAUGCAAUCCUUGCGAGAACAUUCAGGAUUUUUUCAGCUGUCGAGCCGUCCGAAAAGCCGGGUUUCUUUUUUGACUGUUUCAAAAAAACAAUGGAAAAGUUCUGUCCUGAACCCCGCAAGGAUGGCAUGGUCAGAUAUAUCACCGUGGACCCCAUAAAGCCUGAAUUCGAGGUGUAUGAGAACAUGGGGUUUUAUACAGGUCUCCCGGGAGCCCUUCUCAGAAGAGGAAAUGUUGUCAAUCCAGAGGUUGGGUUUUUCUUUUCGCAAGAGCUUGUCUCAAUGAUCAGGGAUUGGCAUUCAAAAGGGGAAAUGGGGGUUUUUGUUAAUACCAUCACCCUGCCUGUAGAAAUUGAGAGCGCGCUUCCUGCUGCUCACCUCACCGGAGGAUGAUGCAAAUUUCGUUAAAGAUAGCCUGUCAAACCUAAACCAGCGCGUAGUGGUCGUCGGAAACAGCAACCUCAAGAUAAUAAGCGAGGAGCUAAGCAAGACCAUAAAAGACACCGUUGUCUUCGUCAAAUAUCCUUUCAACAUCUUUGCCAAUUCUUCUGAAAUUUCUGAAUUUGUUGACAAUCUUAAAUUGACGAAAGCUGACGUCUUAGUACUCGGUGGUCAGGGGAACUCCCUAUUACAAGGGAUGUUAACUCCCCAGUUUAAGAAACAUGUACCAUCUGGCUUACCAGCAGGUUUCUCAACGUUUGGAGCUGGUAGAUCCAAAGUCUUCCACGCUCACAACGUUGCAUCCUACGACCCUGAGUAUCUUGACAACUUCGGGGUUUUCAUUGACAAAAUCAUGGGUUUUGUUAACCAGACCGGUGCAAGGACAAUUUUUUUACCACCCUUUCCAAGGUACCCUACAGCCUGUUGUACACAGUCAGGACAUUUUUGCGCGGGGUACGACGGGAACCUCUUUAACGCGGAGGUCGUAAGAUUGGGGACUUACAUCUCACGGAUGCACUCCCUCAAGGACGCAUUCGUGCUUACUCCCGAGGACUUCUGUCAUCGCGAUGACUGGGUCUCGAGAGGGAAGAUGUUGAAGGAUGACCAUGUACACCUGACUGAUAAGGGAGUCCAAGUGGUCCGGUCAAUGGUCCAGAAGUGCGUGCACUUCUUCAGGCCGGUAAUGGACAGACCUAAGCCAACCCUGGGUCCCUCCAUCCCAUGCAACAUCAAAUUCUCCCAAUGGGUUGAGGCUCACAGAGAGUCCUGCGGGUUCAGGAACCUGAAACCUUCAGGGGCCGGAAAACGCCCGCAGCCGCCCAUGUCAUAUCAGAGGCAAGCAAAACGCUAAAUCUUCUGAAUGUGCACAACAAAAAAUCGAAACCCUGCACAGUCUCCCCCCCCCGCCCACCUCUCAUGGGUACUCCCGGCCUUUCCAGCAAAGCCUCGGUUUUUCCUGCAAUUUUCGUCUAUUCCUUUAUCCUCAUCCACUAUCCAACUCCUUAUCCUAAUUCCUAACUAACCCUAUACCUAUCCUAAUCUCAAAGAUUUUUUAUUCCUACCCAUACCCUUCACCUUAAAACCAACACUUUAGUUUUCUCAAUCCCAAUACUUUUCUUCCAAUCAAUCAAUCUAAAUCUUACCUUUAAAUUCCUUAAAAUAAAAAUAUUUCCUAUUUUUGCUGACUUAUGUACACAUUUUUCAGCAACAACUCCACUCAGCACUGACUUUUUACUUUUCUAACUCCUAAAAAUAAAAAUACUUCCUAUUUUUGCUGACUUAUCCCAAUAUUUUUCAGUGAUAAUCAUUAAAAUUAAACUAUAUUUCCUACUUUUGCUGACUUAUAUUACUAUCUGUCAGUAUCUAAGCUUUUAAACCUAUCCUACUUUUAAAUGUAAUCCUGCUGCCUUAACACCUCAACUUUCUCACACAGAGAUAAUCAGAAAAUUUAAAAUAAAAUAUAUCUCCUAUUUUAACUUUAUUUCCUAUUUUGGCUGACUUAAGUUGCUAUCUGUCAGUAUCCAAGCUAUUAAACCUAUCCUAUUUUUCAAUGUAAUCCUACUGCCUUAACACCUCAACUUUCUCACACAUGAGGAGUGAAUUCUGGCAAAUAGCUUGAGGAAAAGUGUUAGACGAGAAACCUCCUGACCCCGAUUGCCGGAGCUGUAUGAGACAGGGAAUUGCUCGAUCGCUGACAUACGGAUCUAUAUUUUGGUAGAUCUCAGAUUUGCAAGCCACAACACAGAUUCGAUUGCUACACCUCUCAGUGCUGUAUAACGGUAAAAAAUAUAUUCCCAUAAGCCUUUGAGAAGACUGGCAGAAUUCAUUUCAUUUUCAAUGAAUUUUUAUCCUUUUUCUUAUAUAGAGAGUAGGGGUGUGCACACCGAUCAUUUCGGUUUAUAAAGUUUAUUGAAAAAUUUAUUGAACUUAAACUAAAGCACACGAUAUUUAGCAAAUUUUUAAUAAAAAUUUUUAUUCUUUAAUUUUUAUUCUUUUAUUCUUUAAUUUGUCAGAAUAUAAAACCUUUAAGAUCACAAAUUGUUUCAAAAUUAAAUAUAUCACUCAAUCAAUGUUUUAACUCAAGUCUUGAACUUCAUUGAUAUUCGAAACUUGGAACUUUAUCAACAUGUCCUAUUUUAAAACCCGAGAGCCUUAGAACCAAAGCGAAAUAAAAGAUCUCGUUCUCCCUUUCUCCAUGGUUUUAUCCUAUCCUAGUUAAACUGAAACCUGAGAGAUGAUGGAGCAUUGAACCUCAGAGGAUCUGACGAAUACCUUAACUCCAUAGCUGCACCUCCCAGCGCAAAAUAACGGUAAAAAAAUAUAUUUCCAUAAGUUCCCGAGACGACUGUCAGACUUCCCUUGUUAUCAAUGAAUUUUUAAUCUCUUUUAUACAGAAAGUAGGGGCGUGCACAUGGAUCAUUUUGGAUUCUAAAGGUCGAAACCCUAUUGAACCGGAACUAACCAACCCAAAUACCAUUCAAUAUAAUUCCAUUUAAAUUAGAACUUAAAGUAUGUAAUAUUUUAAGCCUUUAUUAUUUUCUUUUUAUUCUAUAAUUAGAUUACUCGGACAUAAAACUUCUAAGAUAUUAAAUUAGUCUUAAACUGAAGAUCUUACUUAAAUAUUUCAAUGUUUAACCUCAAGUCUUGAAGUCCAGAGACACUCGAAAUUCCAGAAUUAGAACUUUACCAACAUGCUUAAUUAUAAUCCCGACAGCCUUUUUCCUUUCAAAUGAUACUCAAAAUUCCACAAUUAAAACUUUAUCACAUGCUUAAUUUUAUCCACUACAACCUUGAUUUUUUCUCUUUUCUUCAUGGUUCUCUCUUUACCUAGUUAAACUGAAACCUGGAAGAUGAAUGAGCAGCGAACCUCAGAGGAUCUGGCAGAUCCCAUAGCUUCAUCACUCAGCAGAAAAUAACGGUAAAAUAAUAUAUUUCCAUAAGUCCCCGAGAAGACCGGCAGAUGUCCUUCAGUAUCAAUGAAUUUCUAAACCUUUUAUAUAAAGAGAGCAGGAGCCUGCACACGGACCAUUUUGGAUUGUAAGAUUGAAAUCCUUACGAACUGAAACUAACGUACAUGUGAAUGGAAUAAAAUGCUAACAAAAGGAAAAAUUCAAGAAUACAACGUCAGUUUUUUAAGUUUAACGAUUUUCUUUUUCUUUCUUUUUUCUUGAUUUCGACAUUUUGGAUAUUAAAACUUUAAUACUAUAACCAAAAAGUAAGCGUCAAUUGUGUAAAAAAAAAUAAGAAACUUUUUUACGUCCGUAAAGUUAAAUAAAAAUUAAAGAAAUAAAAACCUCUAGCAAAAUCGAGUCCCUAUAAAUAAAUUGUCUAAAUUAAUAGAUGUUUAUUGACAUUGUCCUGAAAUUGAUCUUUAAUCUAAUAGGACUUUGGUUUAAAAUCUGAAUUUUCCACCUUACUCGGAAUCUUCUCUCAACAUAAAUUAAUAAUCUUUUUUUCACUGAUUCAGUCUGAGAGAACUGGAACGCCUACUGAACCGACAAGCCUCACCGCAGAGAAACGAGGAUGUCUCAAGAAACUGGACAACUACGCCACGUCGAUAACUCGUCGAUAAUUCGUUGCACAAUACAAACGAGCAGCAUAUCUGCUCUAGAGUAUUGAAGUUUAGAGAAAAAUGAAAAGAUUAAGAGUAAACACUAAUCUCUUUUCAAUGUCCUAGACAAGAGCGCAGAACCGUCAAUGUUCUACGUGAGUCUAGCUCUUAAAUACAAUGUGUUUUCCGUCAAAUUGAAACUAAAUGAUUCUCUAAUAAGCUAUUCACAUUUGACAUUUCUUAAUUUUGGAGUCUGUCUUGUAGAUCCAAACCACUGAGAGAAAAGAACAUGCAGGAAGGAACCAUCAAUUUUCCUCGCCAGUAUGUAUCUUAAAUAUAUAAUUUUCUAUUUUUACGUCGGCUAAAUAGCAUCAAGACGACAUAGUUUAACUAAUGUAAUGCCAUACAACGUGGAACCUUCAAUGUUCCUCGUUAGUACAGUCGUUGUACUCUCUAUAUAUUGUAUAACGACUUUAUAUCAAUGUUUCAUGAAAACUGUAAAUUGUCUACACAAACUGAUUUCUACACAAAUUGCCCAAUUUACGUGAAAACAGUUUUGAUAUUAAAACUUUCUAUUCAACAUGUACACCUUCUUAUCGUUAAUGACUUAUUAUAUGCUCCUAAUGUUCUACUACUUCACUGGUGUACUCUACAAUUCAUAUGUUUUGUAAGAUCCAAGUAUCCUUGAUUGAAAAUUUUCUUUCUACGCUUCUAGUCCAUACACAAACCUCUCAAAAAUGUAAACGAACUCGUCUUUAGUUUUGAAUACAUGUAAAUUAUUUUGUAUUUAUCUCAUAAAUCUCUCAUGAAAAAAUGUAAUUAAACUUGUAGCUAAGUAUAAUUAACGAAAAUAUGUUAAAUAUGCUGUACAUUUUAAUAAUGAGACAAUAAAUAUUUAGAUUUCAAGAUUAACUAAGAACAAUAAUCCAACCAAUGAGAGAUUAAUAUAUGAAGAUUAACUAAGAACAAUAAUCAAACCAAUGAGAGAUAAAUAUAUGAAGGUUAACUAAGAACAAAAAUCCAACUUAUGAAGGAUUGAAAUAUGAAGAUUAACUAAGAACAAUAAUCCAAUCAAUGAGAGAUUAAUAUACAAAGAUUAACUAAGAACAAAAUCCAACCAAUGAGAGAUUAAUAUAUGAAGAUUAACUAAGAACAAAAAUCCAACUAAUGAUAGAUUGAUAUGAAGAUUUACUAAGGACAAAAUCCAACUAAUCAUAGAUUGGAAUAAGAGAAAUAGUUUUUAACUCUAUUAGUUCAGGUCUGAUUUAACUUAUUUAUCAGGAUUCCUCCAGUUCUGAUUGGUCUAUAGGUGCAGUUUUUCAUGUUCCCCUCAUUAAG